AUAAAUAAUGAUGGCGACGAAAUUUGGCUGGAAGAGAAAAUUGCCUCAAAAUUUAGUUGAGAAAAGGGCUGCUGUAUUCGAUGAAACCAACGAAAAUUCAGCUGAUGGCGUAGAGGAACCAUUUGAAUUGGACUGGCGAGUCCUUUUAGUGAAAAAAGGUGUGAAAAGCAUUGAAGAUAGCGUCACCAAAAGCAAGCGGCUCGAAGAAGAAGGAGUUUCUCUCGCAGAGCAACAGAGGUACUGGGAAGCACUUGGAAAAUGGAACGAAGCGGUAUUGUUGACUCCAAACAAUGCAAAGCUUUAUGAAAUGAAAUCACAGGUAUUACUAGAACUACAUGAGUUAUUUCCUGCUAUACAAGCAGCAGAAAAAGCAGUUUCUUUGAACCCUUGUUGGUAUGUAGCCUAUCAAACUCUUGGUCGUGCGCAGAUGGGGUAUGGUGAUGUUGAGAUGGGGGUGAAAAGCUUCUCAAAAGCUAUUCUGUUACAACCUGAUGAAUCAGAGAUGUGGUCAGAGGAUUUGCACUGGGCCUGGAAACUGAGAGAACAGAAAAGGAAACAAGAUGAGAUCAAGAAUAGUACAAAUCCUUCUGUCCUAGAAAGCAAAGAACUCUUCGAGCUAUAUGCCACAGACUUGGGACAGGAAAUAGAGAUGGAACAGACACCACUGAAUUUAAUAACCAAGGAAAAGUGAAAUAUUAAUAUAGAAAGAAUGUAUGUGGAGAAAAAAUAUUUGUGGUCAGGCAGUGAAUAUCUAUUGACCUGCCAAUCAGUAGCUCAUAGAAUGCAAAAUGUCCUGGAUGGUCGUUCCUGUAACUGAUCAGUAGCCUUGUCAGUGUCACUCAAAACUUGUUUGGAUGUAAUGCACAUCACCUUUGGGAGUCAAGUUACUUAUAGUCAUCAGUUGUGAUAAGGAAUGUACAGUGAUAGUUUGAGGCCAUGGAGCUAAAUGGUUAUAAGAAACAUCAGGUUUACUUGCUAUAUUUCUUCAGCAUUUAGGACCUGAAAGUGGAUAACUUUUGAAAGCACUUAAAUAAUUUUUAACUGAAAGAACAGUGUAAAAUUCCUAUUCAUUUAUGCAGUCACAGUGUGAGUACCAAAACAUAAGAAAGCCUUGGUUAACUCUUUGUUCUUCACAAUGAUAAGAUUCCACUUUAAAUAUUCCUCCCACAUAUUUUUCUGCUUCAAAUCAGUGAAAUUGAACUUGUUCAUUCUUAGAGAGAUUUCCAAUCUGUAACACUUUUUGGAUAUUUUGUUUGUCUAAGCCAGGAUAGCAUUACUGAACAUUUCCUUUUCAGAAAAAUCCUAGGUAGCAUUUUCUUCACUAGGUAAGGUAAGGUAACCCUUAAGUGAUUUACAAAAAUAGUUUAUGGCAGUCAGCUGACUAGGUCUUGGAAUAACUAGUUUAAUUUAUAAACGGCAUAGGCAAUAUUAGUGUCAAAAGUAAACACAAAUUAGUAUUUUCCUUAACAUGCUAUCUAUUACAGCUUACAGAAAAAUCCAAACUAAA